ACGAUUCGUUGCAAAACAAUUUUUUUAAACUUCAGAAAGUAAUACAGUGAAUUUUUAUUUGAUUCGUUGCUUAUAUUUGUACAUAAUGAAUAAUUUAGACUACGAACCUAUGGAUAUUGAUUCAAGUGCAAAUUCCUACGCCGCUAUGGAUAUAUCUUAUAAUGAAAUAAAAGAAGAAGAAGAAAAGACUGAAACUGCUAGUACGACACCAGAUACUCAAGGAAUAAAAAAAUUCCAUAUAGAUAUGCCUGCUCAAAAAGAAAAAAGGAUAUUAUUCAAAUCUAAUCUAUAUUUACUAGCUUUUAUCAUUGGAAGUGUAAUCACGUCAAUUUUAUACUAUAAUGUGAUUAAAUUUGAAUGUUGUCGUGAGAUUAACACGAAAUUGUUAAAGGAUGCGUUGUCUUCCAAAGUUCACGGUCAGUCGAAUGCUAUACAAACUUUUAUCCAGGCAUUAGAUGAUAAUACUAGCAGCAAGAUCUUAAUUUUAUAUGGAGGGACUGGUGUUGGAAAAACAUUAUCAAUAUCAAUAGUACUUAAUAAAUUAUUAAAUUUUUCAAAUGUAUAUCACUACACUAUGCCAAGUUUUGUAGACAAGUUUACAACCGAGAUAAAGAUAGGCUUAGUUUUUUGUGAGAAAUGGAUUAUUAUUGUAGAUGAUUUGAAUGCUGGAGACAAGCAUAUAACAUCUAUUGUGAAUGAUAUUAUUGAAAAAACUGAGAAUUUAAAAAGCAAUGUUACAAUAAUGUUGGUUUACAACUGUGACACAUCAAAUGAUUCC